AUGGCUAGCAAAAUUGUUGUUUUAGUACUCAUGAGUGCCCUUGUUUGCACCACCAUUGAGGCUAGGAAGCUCGUUGGUGGACUUGAUGAGCAAAAGACCUUCCUUCCUAGUGAGCCUCUCCUCCCUGGUGGGGUUGGAAUCGGGACAGGAGGAGGGCUCGGUUUAGGGAUAGGUCUUGGUCAUGCUGGAUUGGGUGUUGGUAGCGUGUUUGGAGGUGGAGUUGGGUUUGGAGGUGGGGGUGGAACCGGAGGAGGGCUUGGCGGUGGUGUUGGUGGUGCCGGUGGUGGUCUUGGUGGUGGUGCUACCGGUGGUGGUGGAGGGCUUGGAAGUGGAAUCAUCCCCUAG